AAUUUACACGAGUAACCAAUCAAUAAUAUAAUCAUUAACCUGUGGUUUUAAAUAUGUAAUCCGUCUUGUAAAUGUUUAAUUGAUUUAAAGACAACACUCUAUAAUGUGAUUACAAUGUCGUUUAUUGUUAGUCGAACAGAACUUGUCAAUAGGGCAAAAUAUUUAAAUCAAGAAACAGUGGAAAUAAGUUACAAAGAAUUCCUGAUCUUAUAAAGAGUUCGAUACAAGACUCAAGCCGGCAGAGAUGGCACUUUUUGACGAUAUCAGGAAGAUGUACAUUGACGGAUUAAAAAAAGCAGAUCCAAGAGUGGAGAACUGGCCCUUUAUGCAAUCACCAGUGCCAAUAAUUAUUGUAUUCUGUGUGUAUGUUUCUAUGGUGUUUUUAUGUCCAAAAUUUGUGAAGAAAUUACCUCCAAUGAAUUUAAAAUUAAUACUUGUGCCUUAUAACUUCGUUUUGGUAGCACUGUCGGUUUAUAUGUUUGUAGAGUUUAUUACUGUAUCCCUAUUAGCCAACUAUAGUUAUCAAUGCCAACCAGUAGAUUAUUCAGAGGACUAUUUAGCAGUUAGGAUGGCAAAAGUUUUAUGGUGGUUCUUUUUCUCUAAAGUUAUAGAACUUAUCGAUACGUUAUUCCUGAUGCUGAGAAAGAACCAAGUGUCAUUUUUGCAUGCAUAUCAUCACUGUACCAUGAUCCUUACAUAUUGGAUGGGAGUCAAAUUUGUGGCAGGAGGCCAAGCAUUCUUCGUUCCAAUGUUAAACACCUUUGUGCAUAUCAUCAUGUAUACAUACUAUGGUCUUGCUGUUUUGGGACCUCAUAUGCAAAAAUACCUCUGGUGGAAAAAGUAUUUGACUAAAUUACAACUUAAACAAUUUCAAUUUGCGGAACAAGUCGCCCUCUUGAUCAGCACGGAGGCGAGUGUGAGGGAAUCGUAAUGAACUAUAUUAGGCAACACCAAUGUAUACGCUAUUACUACGUGGAACUUGUGAAAGAAAUUAAGAAAACAUUUUUGAUAAGUCCUUUGUCGUCUUUUUCGGCAUUUUGAUCAGAAUUUGUAUUCUUGAAAUUCUCUACAAAUAGAAUGAAAUUCAAAACAGUGUGGCUGUGGCCAUUGAUUGACACAUUAAAUUCAUCCAUUGACUAGGACAAUUUAGGUGAACGUUUGUAUGUAACGACAACUGCUCGCUAUGCACUUUUAAAAUACUCUUAAACUAUGGGGUCACCAAAGGUUCUCAACACCUAAAUAAA